AUGAGAGCAUUUUCCGUCCUCCUCUUCUCUUUGCUUGCAAGCUUUGCUGCUGCUGCUAAUGAAACCGUCCACACCUGGUACUUCGAAACAACGUGGGUGGACGCCAACCCAGAUGGAUGCUUUGAGCGUCCAGUGAUUGGCUUCAACAAUUCUUGGCCCUUGCCUAUCUUGCGCGUCAAUAAGGGCGACAGGGUCAAUCUCUACUUGACCAACGGCUUCACGGACAGAAACACCACGUUGCAUUUCCAUGGAAUGUUCCAGAACGGAACCUCGCAAAUGGACGGUCCCGAGAUGGUGACGCAGUGCCCCAUUGCGCCCGGGGACACCAUGUUGUACAACUUCACGGUGGCCGACCAGGUCGGUACUUUCUGGUACCACUCGCAUACCACCGGCCAAUACGGAGACGGCAUGAGAGGUGUGUUUGUGAUUGACGAGACCGACGACUAUCCCUUUGAUUUCGACGAGGAGGUCGUGCUUUCGGUUGGAGAGUGGUACCACGAUGAUGCAGACACGUUGAUUCCGGAAUUCUUGAACUUGUACAACCCGACCGGAGCCGAGCCCAUUCCCAAGAAUCUCUUGUUCAACGACACCAGAAACAACUCGUGGGUGGUGGAGCCCGACACCACGUACUUGAUGAGAAUCGUCAAUGUUGGAGGCUUCGUGUCGCAGUACUUGUACAUGGAAGACCACGAGUUCACCGUUGUUGCCGUGGACGGAAUUUACGUGCAACCAAAUACCACGGAAAUGAUCUACAUCACGGCCGCGCAGCGGUACGAUGUGUUGAUCACGACCAAGAACGACACCAGCAAGAACUACGCGUUCAUGAGCAAGUUUGACGAAACCAUGUUGGACUUGAUUCCCGACGACUUGCUUUUGAACUCCACCAACUACAUCAUAUACGACGAGAGCUUGGACAAGCCCGACCAGUACUACGUGGAUUCCAUCGACGACUACUUGGACGACUUCUACUUGGUUCCAGAGAGCGGCGAGGAGUUGUUGGACGACUCGGACCACUUGGUCACGCUCGACGUGAUGAUGAACAACUUGAUGGACGGUGUCAACUAUGCGUUUUUCAACAACAUCACCUACACGGUGCCCAAAGUGCCCAUUCUCGCCACCGCCAUCAGCGCCGGCGAGUUUGCCACCAACUCGUACAUCUACGGUAACGUGCAUCCGAUCGUGUUGGCCAAGGACGAAAUCGUCGACAUUGUGAUCAACAACGAGGACACCGGAAAACACCCCUUCCACUUGCACGGACACGUGUUCCAGCUCAUUGCCAGAGGCGAAGGUGUGGACGAUGACCAGGACCCUGUGGCCUACGACCCAGACAACCAUGACCCUUUCCCCGAGUACCCCAUGAUUAGAGACACGGUUUACGUGAACCCCCAGUCGUACAUUGUGUUGAGAUUCAAGGCCGACAACCCCGGUGUGUGGUUCUUCCACUGUCACAUCGAAUGGCACUUGGACCAGGGCUUGGCCGUGGCUUUCAUUGAGGCCCCCACCGAGCUCCAGGAGAAGGAGGAGUUCACGGAGAACUGGAAGGCUGUCUGUGACAACAGCAACGUGCCUUACGACGGAAACGCUGCCGCCAACUCCGUGGACUUCAUGGACUUGACGGGAGCCAACGUGCAGGCCGCCGACUUGCCUGCCGGCUUCACGGCCAGAGGCAUUGUUGCCUUGGUGUUUUCGUGUGUCGCUGGUUUCCUCGGUAUGGCAGCCAUUGCGUUCUACGGUAUGUCCGAGAGCAACCUUGAUCUUGACGAGCAGGUGAUUCGUGACUUGGACGUCAAGCUCCCUGAAGAAGACGAGAUUGAGCUUGAGGUCGAGGCCGAGUCUUAUGAGAACGCUCAUAAGGUCGGCAGCAGCAGUUCUUAG